GUCUUUUUCUUAUUGAUUUGUAGGAACUCUUUAUUCCUAAGACAAGCCUUUUGUCAGUUAUAGUGUUGCCAGUAUCUGCUCCUAACCUUAACCCUGCAGGAAGACCAGAAGGCCUGCAGUGAAGAUGGGCUGAGGGGCUAUGCUCAGUAAUGUCAGAGACCGCCCCUUCCCUGGAGCUUUCCUCCGUAUCGGUGCAUGGGCAGGGAAACAGAUCCUUACAGGUGGAGACCUCUGAUGUAAUGUAUGAGCAGGACAAGGUGAAAUUCACUGUUCAUACCAAGGUGAGUUUCCUCCCUCACUUCGCCUAGACUGAGUUCACAGUUGUGCAGCAGCACGAGUUCAACUGGCUACCUGAUGCUUACGUGGAAGACGAGGAGUCUGCCGGCCUCAUCAUCCUUCCAGUCCCUCCAAGGCCAGACUUUGAGGCUUCUAGAGAAAAGCUGCAGAAGUUGGGUGAGGGGGACAGCUCCAUCACUCAGGAAGAGUUUAGCAAAAUGAAGCAGGAGCUAGAAGCAUGAUACCUGGCCAUCCUUAAGACGGUUGCAAUGCAUGAAGUCUUUCUGCAGCGUCUGGUGGCCCACCCCAUCGAGUCGAGGCCACAACUUGUCUUUUUGAAAUAUGGGCAGGAUCUGAGUAUCUGAGGAAAGAACAGGCAGGAGCUCGUGGGGGGGUUUCUGAGAAAUAUUGUGAGGUCUGCAGAUGAAGCCCUCAUCACAGGCAUGUCAGGGCUCAAGGAGGUGGAUGGCUUCUCUGAGCAUGAGACCAUCCUGCAGGAGUACCACGCCUGCACCCGAGAAGCCUGUCUGCGGGAGAAUCGUGUUAUGCACUCCCAAGAAUGCCUGGCAGACGAUUAUCUCCCUCUCUCUGCUGCACUGAGCAGUCUGGGAACACAGGAAGCCAACCACCUAGACAGGAGGACGAGCUUCCUCAUAUUGGCAGAGCUCUUUGAACACCUGAGGAAGCUGGAGGGCCAAGUGGCCUCCAACAAGGACCUGAAGCCGUCAGACGUGCUGCAAUACUACAUGAGACGUGCCCACUCGCCCCAGGACCUGCUGUACCAAUGGCAGCGGACACUGGCCAACUACAAUGCCAAGGCACAGGACAAGCAAGGCCAGCAUCCUACUUCUCCAGAACACCCUUGUCACCCUAAUGGGGGAGCUUUAGAAUAGUCAAGAGUCCAGACAGACCUUCCUCUGGGACCUUCAGUGACAAGGGCCUCCCAGACCU